AAGCAUUUGAUCUUCCCAAGUAUAUUAUUUUAUUUAAUGAGGCAUUUAAUAUCGGAGGACUAGAAAAGAAAGUACACUUUAAUGGAGAAUCGAAGUAUAAAAAACAAAAAUAAUAAGUCCAAGUCAAAAUCUAACCAUGAACCGAACGGUUUGACGCCAAUCGAACCGGAUAAAGGUUGCAAAUGUCAUUCUAGUAAUGGCCUGCAUCACUUCAACUGCCUACCAGAUCAUUUGCGUUUUAAUCAGUACGUUCACACUGGUUAUCGUGUUGACUUAAGCACAUGGGAGUGCUUAAAAAGUCUAUUUUAUUUGCAUAAUGAAAGCUUCAAUGUUUAUUCUCAUGGCCUUGCCACAAUUGCCUUGAUUUUGCUAAGUCCAUAUGUUUAUGGCAAGAUAUCCCAUCUAGAAUUUAACCCAAUCCUCUACCCUAUUCACCACAUCACAUCCACAACUUGUGUGCUGUUCAGUGCCAUAUACCACCUAAUGAUGUGUCACGAAGGAGGCAACCCGGCAUAUCAAAGUUUAAUCACGCUUGACUAUUUAGGCGUUUGGUUGGUGACUGGCCUAUCUUGUAUUACCUUCUUGAGGGCAACAUUUUUUUGUUUUCCCCUAGUCAAUUGGAUUGUCAUGUCUAUGUAUGUUCUAUUAUGCUUCAUUACUUUCCUUUAUGUAAAGAAAGGAACAAAUUCCAAAACUAGAAUGCAGCCCCUUGUUAUCCUUGGUGCUGUUAGGAUGUUCGUCCUAUUCCCCACACGAUGUAUAAUGACAACAUUAGGGUAUACUACAGGACCACAAGGUACUAUUUGGUACACCAUAGGGGUGGAGAUGAUUGGCCUUAUUGGUGGUAUUGUAAACCUGUCACGUCUGCCAGAGCGAUUCUAUCAAGGACGAAUGGAUUUCUUUUUCAAUAGUCAUAAUAUAAUGCACCUAAUCGUCUUGACUGCACCAUAUGUGUUGCAUUCAGGGACAGUAAUGGAUUUUGAAUGGAUGGAGACAGUUGAAUGUCCGAUAUAAGGGUCUGUUUUCAAGUAUUUGUGUGUAUUUGUA